AUGGGGACGCGCAGUGCUGCAAAGGAAAUGAUGAGAAUUUUACUAAUUAUGCCAACAUUAUUAUUUCUCCCUGUGCUCCUUGUAGCAAUGAACACCGUGCGAGGAUUCCACUUCAAGGAUAACGAGCUUGAAGAUAUAUUUGGACCAGAGAAUGGGUAUGCUACCAAAACUCUUGAUAUACCGGUACCAGACCAGUUGAGUUUCUGUUUAUGGACCUAUGUUGAGUUUAAUCGAUUUAAUCAGCAGAUACCUCUGAUAGAAUUCUACAGGCUUGGAGAAACAAUUCCUCCCUUUAUUGUGCUGAUGUGUAAGUUUAAGUCAUCAUAUGAUAUUUGUCUAUUUUACUGA